UCAAUCACAUAACAAUCUCUGAUAUCCAUCUACAGCCAAUAAAAUUUCAAACAUAUCCCCACGUGUCAUGGCAUGGCAUUCCCAUAACAGGACAUCCUAUUCCUAUGCCUUCUCUCUCUCUCUCCACCCUCACUCACUCACUCUCUCAUCCACUCUCCACCACCAUGCCACCAGCCGCAGGAGCCAUAGCCUUACACUCCUCCCUCUGCACCAUCUCUUCCGACAAACCCUCUUCUCCACUAAGAUCACCCUCCAUCCACGUGUCCCCAAAGCCCAAAAGCCUCCUCCAAAACCACCCCUUAUACACCCCAACCCACACAAAACUCUCCCUUGAAUUCAAAGAGAAAAUCCUCUGCCUCGAGGUAAUGGGUGUUGAUGCAGGCAAAGCACUGUCCCAAAACCCUGACCUACGCACAGCCACCAUGGAAUCCAUCCACUCCAUCAUCUCCUUCCUCCUCUCCAAAGGCCUCCAAGAAAAGGACUUGCCCAGAAUCUUUGGCAUGUGCCCCAAGAUUCUAACUUCUGACAUCAAAACUGAUCUCAACCCAGUUUUUGAUUUCAUCUUGAGUGAACUCAAAGUCCCUGAAAACAGCUUCAGGAGGGUUGUUAACAAGUGCCCAAGAUUGCUCACAUCAAGUGUCAAAGACCAGCUUAGGCCUUGUUUGGUUUACUUGAGGAGACUAGGGUUCAAGGAUUUGGGGGCAUUGGCUUAUCAAGAUUCUGUUUUGCUUGUGUCCAAUGUGGAAAAUACCCUCAUUCCUAAACUCAAGUUUUUGGAGACUUUAGGGCUUUCCAAGGAUGAGGUUAGGAGCAUGGUGUUGAGGUGUCCAGCACUGCUCACUUUCAGCAUAGAGAAUAACUUUCAGCCAAAGUAUGAGUUUUUUGCUGGAGAGAUGGGGAGAAAAUUGGAGGAGCUAAAGGAGUUUCCUCAGUAUUUUGCUUUUAGUUUGGAGAACAGGAUAAAGCCUAGACACAUGGAGGUUGUGCAAAGUGGGAUUGCUUUAGCUUUGCCAGUGAUGCUUAAGAGCACUGAUGAGGAGUUUAGGGAGCUGGUAAAGCAGGGGGGUGGUUGAUUGCCUAUAGUGGGGAGCAUUCUAUUAUGUCAAUGCAUAUAGUUUCCCAAUGAAGUUGAAAUAUUUGAUAAAAGUGUUUAUAUGCUUUUGUAUUUUUUACUUCCUUAGUACAGAGUUCUUAUGCGAAAUUACUGAUACAUAGUAGUAGUUGUUUCAAA